GGAGGGGCGUCGGGCAGCCCGUCUCCACAGCGGCCCCGCCCCUCCUGCACUCCGGCCCCGUCCCCGCCCCCUGCCCCUUGCUAACGCCUGAGGCAGCAAUAACGUCCCUGUACAAUGACAGAGAGCAAGCCCCAUAGCCGCAAGCAGAUGCUAGAACCAAAUGUCAGAGGCUGUUCAAGGGGACAUGAUCACUCCUCUAUAGAGGCACUGAAGUUUCCUGCACAAGCCACUGUGAGCUUUCACAACAUCUGCUACAAAGUAAAAAUGAAAACUGGGCUUUUAUGUUGGCAGAAAACUGUUGAAAGAGAAAUCUUGAAAGACAUCAAUGGGAUUAUGAGACCUGGGCUUAAUGCAAUAUUGGGACCUACUGGCAGUGGCAAGUCUUCGCUAUUAGAUAUAUUAGCUGCAAGGAAAGAUUCUCAUGGGCUGUCUGGAGACAUUUUGAUAAAUGGAGCUUCCCGGCCUCCCAACUUUAAAUGUAUUUCUGGAUAUGUGAUACAGAAUGAUGUGGUAAUGGGGACCCUGACAGUGAGAGAAAAUUUUGAGUUCUCAGCAGCACUUCGUUUACCGACUUCUGUGCCUGAACAGGAAAAAAAAGAACGAGUUAACCAGAUCAUCCUGGAACUGGGUUUGUCCAAAGUGGCAGAUUCCAAGGUUGGCACCAGUAUAAUUCGUGGCGUCUCAGGGGGAGAAAGAAAAAGGACCAAUAUUGGAAUGGAACUUAUUACUGACCCUGCAGUCUUGUUCUUAGAUGAGCCAACAACAGGACUGGAUGCCAGCACUGCCAAUGCUGUCUUGUUGCUCUUGAAAAGGAUGGCAAGACGAGGGAAAACAAUAGUCUUUUCCAUCCAUCAGCCCCGGUAUUCCAUAUUCAAAUUGUUUGACACCUUGACAUUACUAGCUUCAGGAAGGCUGUUAUAUCAUGGCCCUGCUCAGACAGCUAUGCAGUAUUUCAAAUCUAUUGGUUAUGAGUGUCAGCCAUACAACAAUCCUGCUGAUUUUAUCCUGGAUAUUAUUAAUGGAGACUUAACUGCUGUAACAGUGAGCAGAGCAGACUUUACCAAUAUGGCCAGUUGGUCAGCUGAAGAGACCUAUGAAGAGGUCAGUGGUGAUGACACUAUUGCAAGGGCAUUAGCAGAUCUGUAUUCCAGUUCCUCUUACUACAAAGAAACAAAAGCUGAAUUAGAGAAACUGCCUUUGGAGCAUAAAAUGAUCAGUUCAGAUUUUAAAAAAAUCACAUACAGCACUUCCUUCUUUCACCAGCUCAAGUGGGUGUCCAGACGUACAUUUAAAAACUUGAUAGGAAAUCCACAAAACUCCACAGCCCAGCUAGGUAUAGUAACUGUUCUGGGAAUAAUUAUUGGAGCCAUUUUCGCUGGAGUAAAAAAUGAUGCCAGUGGUAUUCAAAACAGAGUUGGUGCUUUGUUCUUUUUGACCACCAAUCAGUGUAUGAACAGCAUUACUACUAUUGAGCUUUUUGUCACAGAAAAAAAGAUAUUUAUACAUGAAUAUGUCAGUGGGUACUACAGAGUGUCUGCAUAUUUCUUCUCAAAGAUACUGGCUGAUCUAAUACCAAUGAGGACUUUACCAAGCAUCAUUUUCACCUGCAUAAAUUAUUUCAUGAUAGGUUUCAAGCCAACAGCUCAGGCCUUCUUUACUCUGAUGAUUACCCUCAUACUAGUCGCCUACACAGCCAGUUCUAUGGCUCUGGCUAUAGCAACAGGACAAAAUGUUGUGACUGUUGCUAAUCUCCUCAUAAAUAUUUGCUUUGUGUUCAUGAUUAUUUUCUCUGGAUUACUGGUAAAUCUCACAAGUGUUGGACCUUGGCUUUUCUGGCUGCAGUAUUUCAGUAUCCCUCGAUAUGGCCUGACAGCUUUGCAAAUUAACGAAUUUACUGGUCUAAACUUUUGCCACAACAACACAACUGUGGCUGGAGUCAAUCUAAGCUGCCUCAGUCAUAGUCCUUUUACAGUAUGCACUGGAGAAGAGUAUCUGAAAAUACAAGGCAUCGAAGUGACAGCUUGGGGCAUGUGGAAGAAUUACAUGGCUCUUAUAUGCAUGACAUUAAUUUUCCUGACAAUUGCAUAUGUGAAACUCCGCUUCCUGAAGAAAUUAUCUUAACUCCACUGUGUUAAAAAACCUUUAGUAACACUAAAUAUUUUCAGUGGCGUGUAUUUAUUGUGAAAGCUACAAAGAACAUAAUUCAGUAAAGAUUUUAAUUAUUAAAA